GAGGAUUCAUCUUUCAGCCAAUGAGCUUUGAGCGAGCGAGGAUUUAAACCAACACUGCAGAGCUCAUCACCAAACCAAUUUUUCCACUCUAUACGACUGUUCGCUGGAGCCACGCAGAGUUCAAAAUGGCUCUUCGAGUGACCAGAAAUCGCCUCGCUUCCACCAGGACCGAGCUCGGAGCAGUGAAGGCCUGUUCGGUGGCCGGGCCCGGACUGAAACCCCGGGCUGCGCUGGGUGAGAUCGGAAACAUCGCAGCUAACAAAGAGAACCUGAAGAAGAAUGUGAAGCUGGAGGCAGUAAAGAAGACGAAAGUCACUGAAAAAGCCGAAAAGGCCAAAAAGCCAAAUGUUGCUGUUGAACCCGUGCCUGAAGUCAAGGUUCAGCCGGAGACAAUGUCUCCCACCCCCAUGGAGACCUCUGGCUGUGAACCAGCUGACCUCUGUCAGGCGUUUUCAGACGUUAUCCUCGACACCGCCAUCAGGGAUGUUGACGCAGAUGACUAUGACAACCCCAUGCUCUGCAGCGAAUACGUGAAGGACAUCUAUAAGUAUCUCUGUCAGCUUGAGGUUGAGCAGAACGUCAGAGCCCACUACUUGCAAGGGCAGGAGGUUACCAGUAACAUGAGGGCCAUUCUCAUUGACUGGCUGGUGCAGGUCAACCUUAAGUUCAGGCUCCUGCAGGAGACUAUGUACAUGACUGUGGGGAUUAUUGAUCGGUUUCUUCAGGACCACCCAGUCCCCAAGAAGCAACUGCAGCUGGUUGGAGUGACGGCCAUGUUCCUCGCCUCAAAGUAUGAGGAGAUGUACCCACCAGAGAUCUCAGACUUUGCCUACGUGACUGACCGGGCCUACACCACUGCUCAGAUCAGAGACAUGGAGAUGACCAUCCUCCGGGUGCUGAAGUUUCAGCUUGGCCGUCCUAUGCCUCUACAGUUCCUCAGACGGGCCUCAAAGAUCUACGAGGUAACUGCGGAGCAGCACACCCUGGCCAAAUACCUCCUGGAGCUGACCAUGAUCGACUACGAGAUGGUUCACUUCCCACCUUCUAUAGUAGCCAGUGCUGCUCUGGCACUUACCCUGAAAAUCUUGAAUGCAGGAGAAUGGGAUGUCACUCUGCAGCACUACAUGAACUACACAGCAGAGAGUUUGAUUCCUGUUAUGGCACACAUUGCCAAAAAUGUCGUGAAAGUGAAUGAUGGGCUGACAAAACACAUGGCUGUCAAAGGUAAAUACUCCACCUCAAAACAGAUGAGGAUCGCCAUCAUCCCUCAGCUCAAGUCUUCAGUGGUUAAAGAUCUUGCAAAGCAGGCUGCUCAGUGAGAACAGUGUUUGGCACAGUGUGCUGAUUUGUACAGUGUAAUCUUUUAAAGACUCGCCGCAGCUGGACAUUUUGUGGACUUGUACAUUCAACCAACUUGCUCUAUGUACCUGUGCUGACUAUCCUGAAGUUGUGUAAUCCAAUUCCCAACUGACUCUUGAUUCCUUUAGCCAUUCAUGUUGGUGCAUUAUUCUUUAAAUCAUGAAUGCACAGCUUGUAAGAUAACUGAAAUAUUGCAUGUUUUCACCUUGAAUAUUGAGGCAACCUCUGCAGAGGAGGCUUCUAGAUGGUCAGUUAUGUAAAUGUCCACAGUUCCUGUUUUACUGGGUUUGCUUGCAUAUUUGGGAGUGACUUUUUUUUUUUUUGGAAACUGUACAGCAAUAUUUUAAAUGAUCUUAUGUGAAAUGCCUUGUUUUAAACUUCUAUUAAAUGGUUUUGACCAGAAAA